AGGUUAAAUUGGCUACCCUCCUGCAUUCCUGCCCUGAAUGUUUUUAAGUACCCGUGAUCAUGAAAAGAAUCUAAGUACCAAUUCUUCAACUCACACAGCCUCGUUUUGAAGGUCAAGGUUUAAGUUCUUCUACGACAACUCUGGAGACAAAAUAAUCUAUGUGUAUGUCUGUUUGUGUUUGAAGUUGAAUCGAGAAAUACGAUGUCGAUGUCAUCUGCUAGUUCGUCCAUGCGACCCAUAGCGUCGCGUCUUUUCCGGCAGAGCCGGCUCGCGUCAAGUGUCAAUUUCGGUGGGAAAAAUUGCCAGUAUACAACUUCCACCGGUAGUACGGCAACACGCAGUUUCAGCUCCACGCCAACACCGUCUACGGCGGGAAGAAGUUUCGGCUCCGCGGCCGCCAGUGUGAAGCAGCAGGAGCAGCAACAUGCACCACCAGCGAUGCACACAACUGCUCCGCCCGCUGCAUCCGCCGCAGUCAGUUCCUCCUCUGUGAACACGAAGAAGAUUAUCAGUGAGCCUUUCGAAUGGGUGCCAGAGGAGCACUGGCAGGACCCGUUACUCUUGGAGAACACCUUCACGGAGAGCGAAAUACUCAUCCGCGACGCAGCCAGGAAGUUUACUGACACGGAGCUACGGCCGCGGUUGCGCGAGCACUUUCGACGAGAGGAAGGUGAUACGCGGGGCAUCAUCCGGGAGAUGGGAAAAGCUGGGCUGUUAGGCCUGGUGCUGCCGGAAAAGUACGGCUGCGCCGGCGCUUCGGUGACAAGUUACGGCCUCGUCGCCACAGAAGUCGAGAAGUGCGACUCGGGCUACCGGUCAACACUCAGUGUGCAGUCGAGCUUGGUAUAGGACUUGGCAUUUGGCAUGAAACGUUUUUCAACAACAUACUGCUGACUACAAUAUUCAAGAAAUGUGAAAUAAAUGCGAAUGGUCAAGCAACUCGCAGAAGCGAAGGUGCUCUCUUACUCUAUCAUUACCAAAAACUGUCCUGUCUAAUUCUAAAUCAGGUGAUGUGGCCGAUCCAUCUUUUCGGCAGUGAGGCGCUGAAGGACCGGCUGCUCCCGCAGCUCGCCGCCGGCGAGAUUGUGGGGUCCUUUGGGCUGAGCGAACCCAACCACGGCUCGGAUCCCGCGGGCAUGACGACAACUGCGAAGAAGGACGGGGACAACUGGUUGCUGAGCGGCAGCAAGACCUGGAUCACAAAUUCUCCGAUCGCGGACGUGUUCAUGGUGUGGGCGAAGGUGCACGAUCCAGACGUGCCAGAACACCACGGGAAAGUGAGAGGGUUCAUCAUCGAGCGUGCGGACAACAGUGAACAGACGCUGCAGACGCCGAAGAUCGACGGCAAAUUUUCCCUCCGUGCCUCCCCAACGGGCAUGAUCAUGAUGGACAACGCGAGAGUGCCGGCGGGGAACAUGCUGGACAUCGUCGGUAUGAAGGGGCCGUUUACCUGUUUGAACUCCGCGCGACUGGGCAUCGCCUGGGGCGCGUUGGGUGCGGCGGAAGAGUGCGUGGACAUCGCGAGACGGUAUUUGUUGGACCGGCACAUGUUCAAGCGACCGUUGGCGAGCAACCAGAUUCUGCAGAAGAAGCUUGCGGACGCCUGGACAGACAUCGUGUUGGGAAGGCAGUUGGUAGCGCGGAUCACCAGGAUGAAAGAGGACCACCAGCUCCACAGCAACCUCAUCUCCAUGGCCAAGCGAAACAGCUGCACGAAGGUAUUGAGUUGAUGUAAAUACGGUUGUUUGGUAGGUGAUUGAUUCUUUUCGGUCGAUGGUUUUUCCUCUUUCCGAUCUUCUCAACUCUUGCAUUUGAUAUUGUGAGAAAAGUAGCUUUGUCGCGAUUGCCUUUUGAGUCGAACCAUUUUCAGGCACUGCACAUUGCUCGGGAAUGCCGAGACAUGUUGGGCGGAAACGGAAUCGUUGACGAGUACGGAAUCAUGACACACGUAUUGAAUUUGGAGGCUGUGAAUACCUACGAGGGCACCCAGGACAUUCACGCACUGGUCCUCGGGCGGGCCAUUACCGGAAUCCCUGCUUUUGCAAACUAAAGUCGGUGAUAGAAAAAAGUACUCAGUUAAAACAAGUGGCAACCGAGGACCUCAAGUAGUUUUUGGUUUCGCGUUCCUUGAACGAACAUUUUGAUGAAAUGCGUUUCUGUGCAGUAUCCGCGUCCGCCCGAUAAAGAUGCUUGUAAAGAUGAAAGAUUACUUCGUUGUAGCUGUAAUAAAGCUACAAGUCGAAAGAAGACUGCGAUUGGAUUUCUUACCGUGUAGACUUCGAUUCUAAUGUUUGUGUAACCAAAUAUGAAUACAGUGUAAAAAGAGAAGUUGAUCAUAAGAUUUUUUCAAGACGCGCUCGCGAUUGCGAACUUUUUUUUGGACAAGUGUCCGGAAAUACGGGUAGAUUGAUGAAGCCGGAAAAAGAAACUGGAAUUGCCAUGCCAGAAUAUGUAGCGUUGCUCGCUACUGCCACUGCGGCUACUCUUCGUGUUGAUGAUGUUUCAAGGUAGAUGACGCUGAUU